CAAGGAACAAGUAAAUGGAGAAGAAGCCGUGUGGUGCUCUGGCUGUGCGGGGGGACGGCUGGUCUCGGGUUCCGGCUGUACGGGCGAUCAUGUAUAGCCUUUGGACCCAAGAAUCGCUCGAUCGGCGCUGCAGCUAAAAGCCAGGUUAUUUCAAAUGCAAAGAAUACAGUACAAAGUUUUAAAAGAUUUCAUGGUCGUGCAUUCUCAGAUCCCUUUGUUCAAGCUGAAAAAACAAGCCUUGCCUAUGAACUUGUCCAGCUGCCAACAGGUUCAACUGGCAUCAAGGUCAUGUAUAUGGAAGAAGAAAGAAACUUUACUAUUGAACAGGUGACUGGAAUGCUUCUUACCAAAUUAAAAGAGACAGCUGAGAAUGCGCUUAAGAAGCCUGUAGUUGACUGUGUUGUUUCUGUUCCAUGUUUCUACACAGAUGCAGAAAGGAGGUCUGUGAUGGAUGCUACACAGAUUGCUGGUCUCAACUGUCUGAGAAUAAUCAAUGAAACAACUGCAGUUGCCCUUGCAUAUGGAAUCUAUAAGCAAGACCUGCCUGCCCUGGAAGAGAAGCCACGGAACGUUGUGUUUGUGGACAUGGGGCAUUCCGCAUAUCAAGUUUCUGUUUGUGCAUUCAACAAAGGAAAACUGAAAGUUCUUGCUACAGCAUUUGACACAACGCUUGGGGGCAGGAAAUUCGAUGAAAUGUUAGUCGAAUACUUUUGUGAAGAAUUUGGAAAGAAAUACAAACUAGACAUCAAGUCAAAGAUCCGUGCGUUAUUGAGGCUAUACCAAGAAUGUGAAAAACUGAAAAAGCUGAUGAGUGCUAAUGCCUCUGAUCUCCCAAUGAACAUUGAGUGCUUCAUGAAUGACAUAGAUGUGUCUGGAACAAUGAACAGAAGCAAAUUUUUAGAGAUGUGUGAUGGCCUCCUUGCAAGAGUAGAAGCACCCCUUCGCAGCGUGCUGGAGCAAGCCAAGUUAAAGAAGGAGGAUAUUUAUGCAGUAGAAAUAGUUGGUGGUACAACAAGAAUCCCUGCUGUAAAAGAGAAGAUCAGUAAAUUUUUUGGCAAAGAAGUCAGUACAACUUUGAAUGCAGAUGAGGCUGUUGCACGAGGUUGUGCGCUGCAGUGUGCUAUUUUAUCCCCGGCUUUCAAAGUGAGAGAAUUUUCUAUCACAGACUUGAUACCCUAUCCCAUUUCUUUGCGAUGGAAUUCACCAGCAGAAGAAGGGUUAAGUGACUGUGAGGUGUUUCCCAAGAACCAUCCUGCUCCAUUUUCUAAAGUACUCACGUUCUACAGAAAGGAGCCUUUCACUCUUGAGGCAUACUACAGUUCUCCCAAGGAACUGCCUUACCCAGAUCCGGCUAUAGCUCACUUCUUGGUUCAGAAGGUCACUCCUCAAACAGAUGGAUCCAGUUCCAAAGUGAAAGUUAAAGUCAGAGUAAAUAUCCAUGGCAUCUUCAGUGUUUCAAGCGCAUCUUUAGUGGAAGUCCAUAAAUCUGAUGAAAAUGAAGAGCCUAUGGAAACAGAUCAGCAUGCAAAAGAGGAAGAGAAGAUGCAGGUAGACCAGGAGGAGCAACAAAAGACUGAAGAACAACAGCAGGCCCAACCUGAAAAUAAGGGAGAGUCUGAAGAAAUGGAGACUUCUCAAGCUGACUCAAAAGACAAGAAAGUGGAUCAACCACCUCAAGCCAAGAAGGCUAAAGUGAAGACUACGACAGUGGACCUUCCCAUUGAGAAUCAGCUGGUGUGGCAGAUAGGGAAAGACAUGCUGAACUUAUUCAUUGAGAAUGAGGGUAAAAUGAUAAUGCAGGAUAAACUAGAGAAGGAGAGGAAUGAUGCCAAGAAUGCAGUGGAAGAAUACGUGUAUGAUAUGAGAGACAAGCUCUGUGGUAUUUAUGAGAAAUUUGUUACUGAAGAUGAUCGGAAUAGUUUCACGCUGAAGCUGGAAGAUACAGAAAACUGGCUUUAUGAAGAUGGUGAAGACCAACCCAAACAAGUUUACAUUGACAAAUUAACAGAAUUGAAGACUCUGGGUCAGCCUAUUCAAGCAAGAUUUCAAGAAUCAGAGGAAAGACCAAAAGCAUUUGAGGACUUAGGCAAGCAGAUUCAGCAGUACAUGAAGACUGUUCAUGCAUUCAAAGCAAAGGAUGAGCAAUAUGACCAUCUAGAUGAAGCAGAUGUAGCAAAAGUGGAGAAGAGUGCAAAUGAAGCUAUGGAGUGGAUGAACAAUAAACUUAAUCUUCAAAACAAGAGAAGUCUUACUUUGGACCCAGUUAUAAAAGCUAAAGACAUACAAGCUAAAACUAAAGAGUUGACAAGUAUUUGUAAUCCUAUAGUCACAAAGCCAAAACCCAAAGUUGAACUCCCGAAGGAGGAGCAGAAACCACCUGAACCCAAUGGACCAGUAGAUGGCCAGGGAGAUGGCACCAGUGGGUCCCAGACUGCCAAUGAACAGAGUGCUGCAGCUGCCCAAACAGCUACGGAAAAGAAGCUUCCUGAAAUGGACAUUGACUAAAUUUCAGUACUUGUUUAUAUUAUUGCAAACUACAAUAAAGCUUUAAGUUGUCGACUUUGUAUGUUCUGAAUACAAAUUGAAGCAAGUGGAUACCACAGCACUCUUAGUACUAUCUCUGGAGAGGUUUGGUCAGUGCCUAACGUCAGAAUACUUAGGUAGCCAACUACUUGAUCAAAUAAGCAGUAUUUCUUGCCAUAGUCAGUGUAGCUCGAAGCUAGAACUUGCUGGUUUCUUACCAGACCUACAGAAACAGCACUAAGCUGUCUCCUUUAAGCAUGUUCAGGCUGUCUUCUUUUAAAGAAGUGAGACUGCAAAAGCUCAAGUAUAAUUUGUUACACUGUUCACUUUCCCUUGUGGAUCAUAGCAAGGAUCAUAGCACGUGUUUAUAAGAAGACGCCCAUUAAUGUUAGGACUAUGAGAAAAUAAUGGGGGAGGGAGGCUGCUCUUUCGGGAGCCUGCAGCCUAGUCUUUCAUCGGUUUAUCCUAGUCUAGCCCUUGUUUAAGUGUUAACACACAACUCUAGUUUUAUUUUGAUCUGCACUCACACAAGGUAUGCCAAGCAGUGGUCUAGUAUCAGUACCUUUAGUCCUUUGCUGGUAUCCUCACUUCAUGGAUAGUCAGCCCAAACUCAAAUUCAUUUACCUAGUCUGUAGAAUAGCAACUGUAUGCUCUUAACAGAGUGGACUAUGAAUGUGCUCUUAAAUAUGAAAGUGUAUAUGCCCCAGCUAGUUAGACUACAUGAAUUCUUUGUCUCUAGCUAAAUUAGGUGCUCGUAGAAAGAUUGAGGACCUGUAGUCCAGCUGCCUCUGCUGAAAGUUGACUGACUACUUCCUAACACUUUUUUAAGGGGUACGCUUGCUUCCUUCAUGAGGCCUUUUGUUUGGAAUGCUUGUUUUCUUUUUCAGGAACAGAAACCAUUUUUCUAUGAGUUUUAUGCAGUAAUUUGCUUCUAGUGCUGAUUGUCAUUAAACUCGCAACCAUUAAUUUGUAUGUGUUAAAAUCGGAAGCUGAAACACCCAUUUCAGAUAUCGGAAGAAAUAAAUGCACUGGAUUCUACUGGA